AUGUAAUCUAGUCCGUUAAAAAAAAAGUUCAAUCUCACUCUAAAUACGUCAAGAGGAACUCGGGCUUCGUUUUAGGAGUCCUGCACUUCUAAGUCUCCUUUUAAGUGUAACACAGAUCAGAUAAUAAAAUGUAAUCAACUUGAAUAGGAAUUGCAUAGAUCAAAUUAGCAAAGGAAAUUGUUAGAGCUAGAAUUGGAUGAUUUAAAUAACCAAUACAUUAGGAAAUCAUCCGCCCUACAUGAUUGUGAAAUGGAAAACCUAUUAUUAAAGCAAUAAAUUUAAGCAAUAAGACAAUAGCAUGAAAUAUAGAAACUAUAGUACACUUACAAGUAAUUAUUUAUUAAAAGCAGAUAGAAAAACUAGAGCUAUUUGGAAUAGUAUCAUAAGUUCAGAUGCAUGGAAAAAACUCUGGAAUCCGAUAAUAAUUUGGAAUAGUAAAUAAAACAAUUAUCAGAAUAAAAUGAAUCAAUGAAGUAAUAGCUAUAAGAAAUGAAAUUGCAAUACAAAAUCAUCCAAGAUAAUUAUUAGGAAAUAAAAGUGGAGAGGAAUUCUUUCUAUUAAAAAUUGGUGGAAAUUUAAACGAAAGGCACAUCAAAGGAGGACAAGAUAAAAUAAUUGGAGAAUGACAACAAUCUUCACCAAAGCCAGAUAAAUCAAUUAACUGAGAGCAAUAAGAAGUUAUAAGAGCAGCUCAAGCAAUUAGGUAAAGUUUAAGAGAAAAAAGAAAAAUGGAAAAUUCGAUAUAAGAAUUAUAGGAACGAGAUCGAGUAUCAAUAAAUUAAGAGCAGGAAAUCAAGUGAUUCCCAAUAAGUAUAGGAGGGAUAGAAGAUUGGUUCCGAUUAGAAUAAUCUGAUUGAGGAGUUGACUGAAUUGAAAGACAAGUUACAAUAAUUGGAAGUUGAAAAUUAAUAUUUGCGUGAAUAAAAUAUUGAGAUGUAAACCUAGCUAUAGCUGACUACUGAUAAGUUACUUAAAUAGCAAUUAUAAAAUUCAUUGCCUAAGGAACAAAGCUAAGCAUUUUCAUUUUAAUAAUAUAAUCAAAAUUAUUAUAAAUCUAAUUAGCAAUAAGAGGAACAUGAAUGAUAGUACAAAAUUUGAUAUUCAUAUA